AUGACGGGCAUCUUGUCAAUCACCAUCCAGCAGAAAGCCCCUCUGGUCAGACACGUGUCUUCCGUAGGCGCCACAUCGAGUUUGUCGCGUGGUCAGCUUCCACUCAAUGAGAAUUAUCUGUUUUGUUCCUGUUACAACAAGAACCAUUCCUCUGAAGAGUUCAUUGGAACGACAUUAAAGACAAAGGUUCUUCGCUCAGUAAACCCCAAUCAUGAUGACAAAGAAGGCCUAUAUCCUAGAAGAGAGUAG